AUCCAGGGAGACUACGCCCAAGUCGACGCGGCCGCGAGGGAGGUGCCCGCAGACGGCACGGGCGCUCACGACGCCGCCGCCAGGCUGAAGGCCGCGAUCGAUAGUACGCCAUUCAAGUGGAAGGUCGCGAUCGCGGCGGGCAUCGGCGUCGCGGGCGUUGCGGCGCUGGGCGGAGUCGCGGCGGGCGCCCGCGGCGCGCCCGGCGGGGCCGCCGUGGCGGCGGCGCAGGGCCAGGCCGUGCCGCCGGCGGCGGUCGCGACGGCGGACGCGCACUCGCGGCUGGAGGGCCCGCUGACGACUGGCAAGAGGACGCUCGAGGAGCCGCCAGUGGUGAGCGAGGACGGCUUCGGGAACGCCAGCAACGCCUCCAACGCCUCCCACGCGCCCCACGGAGCGGGUGCCUCGUCGACGGCCAAGCCCAAGGCAGCCGAGCGCCCCGCUAAUUGCGGCGACCGCUUCAAGGCGCCGAAGAAGCCGAAGACCGCCGACGAGCACAACGGCGUGGCCCUGGAGGACGUCUGCUUCGAGGAGGACGGCUCCCACCACGUCUUCAUCAUCGGCGACUGGGGCGGCAUCACCCAGGGGGACGGACGGCUGGCCGCCGCGCCACACCUCACGCACCGCUGGGAGACGAACUACAACUUCGUCUGGCCCCCGGACGAGCAGGCCCAGACCCUCGUCCGCGACCAGAUCCGGAAGCGCGCCCCGGACAGCAGGCCAGACUACUUCCUCAAUGUCGGCGACAACUUCUACUGGGCGGGCGUCGAGGACCACUGCGGCGCGAAGGACAUAGCGGAUGCUUACAGCCAGGGCGGCACCACCGUAUAUAAGGAGCACAAGGUGAACCAGUUCGACCACGUGUACGAGAAAGUCUACACCGGGGACGGCGUCGACGACAAGCAGUGGCUCGGCGUCUUAGGCAAUCACGACUACGGUGGCUGGCUGUUCACUCACGCCUGGGACCAGAACAUCGGCUACACCUGGAGUUCAGCCGACUACUCAACAGGCCGGUGGAUGACUCCAGCCAUGUAUUAUCAGUCCAAGGUGUGGUACCCAGACUUCGCUGUCGACUACUACUUCCUGGACACCAACAUUUUCGACGCACUGGACCCCAAGGAUCCUUCCCCGCACAACAUCUGCUCCGAGACGCACAACGAUGAGGAGCCCGUCACCUGCGCCCCUGUCGGGCCGAGCGGCGUUUGGAAGUGCCAGGAUUGGUUCGGCAAGCUCUGGAAGAAACAGCAGAAGUGGCUCGACGAGGUGGUGCCAGAGUCGACCGCCGACUGGCGCAUCGUCGUGACACACUUCCCCCCGAGCUGGGGUGCGCCCGACUGGAAAAAGCUCGCUCCCAAACACGAGAUCGAUCUCGUCAUCGCCGGUCACAGGCACAUCCAGGACAUGCACCAGCCUGGUGACAACAGGAAGAUGGUAUGGCACAACGACCCGAACGAGUUGUACAACGACUUCCUGGACCCCACCGUGUGGGUGACCUCCGGCGGCGGCGGUGGCGUCACCUCCGAACGGGAGCCGUCGAUGGACGGCAAUGAUGACCAGUAUGGUUUCAUGGAUAUGACCCUGGAGAAGAGUAAGAUCACCAUUGAGGGCAUUUCUCACGGUGGUCAGCUUCGCAGGAAGCUCGUCAUGGAGCCCGCGUUCCCUCACCAUCCUCUGUAUGACGAGGCCAAGGCGAAGAAGGCUUCUGAGGAGGCCAAGAAGAAGGCAACUGCCUGGACGAAAGAGCAUGCAAAAGAGUUGAAGGAAAAGGACAAGGCUUGGGCUGAGGCACACAAAAACAAGUCCGAGGCGGACGGGGACAGUGAUUCCGAGGCAGAGACCCAGGCCCAGUGA